AUGAGUAGCUUGGAUUUAAAACCAAAAUAUGAAAUAGGUGAAAAAUUACUUUGUUUCCAUGGGCCUCUUAUGUAUGAGGCAAAAUGUCUAGACGUCAAAGUGAAAGAAGAUGGUGUAAUGUAUUUUGUGCAUUACCAAGGUUGGAAUAAAAACUGGGAUGAAUGGGUGACAGAGAAACGUAUGUUCAAGUAUAAUGAAGAGGGUUUGAGAAAACAAAAAGAAUUAGAACGACAAAUAAAAUCGGGGAAGGUUAAAGUUUUGAGGAAGUCCGACUUAAAGUCACAGUCAUUGCCACCUCCAGAAGUCCUGGAGGACGUGGAACGGACAUUGAAGCCUGGUCAAGUGAAACAAGAGGAAGAUGCUCCUAAGGCCAAGAGCUUGGCUAUGCAUGACAGUGAUCUAAUCGGCACACGUUCAUCAUCAUCGUAA